CUCUUGCUUUCUUUCGUUUUCUUCUUCUUUUUCUGUUUGAUUGGUUUGUUGGUGUGCUUUACUUUGUGUGUGACUCUCCCCUCGUUUGCUGGGUUGCUGAGCUGCGGCGGGGGUGUGGAUUUCUGAGAUUUGACAGCUUUCCCGCGCUUUUUUCCCUAUUCUCUUUAUCCGUGCUUUUGACCCCCGCGCAACCCCAUUCCACAACCCGAACCCUUCAGCCCCAGUUCACACACCAUCACAGUCGCAAGGGAAAAGCCCCUUCCCAGCGGCAGAUGCAAGAACGGCCGCCACGGUCACCAGACCAGCCAACCACAGCAUCGCCCUCAGCGUCCUCAGCGUCCUCUUCGCCUGCCGCUCGCGCACUGUUACUGGACUCUGGUGGCUCACCAAGGCGCGCAACCCCAACAGAUGGCCACCCCAAGCGCCAGCCCGAGCCAUUCGCCGCCGCAGAUCAGUGUGCGACGCUCAGUCUGAACCAACAAGAUCAAGCUCCGACGACUCAUACGAUGACUACUACGAUGACUACUACGAUGACUACGACGAUGACUACUUCGAUGACUUUUACUUCUCCUGAUGAUGACGAGUGUGAUGCUGAUGCAUCCGCUGAUUCACCCAGUGACGACCAGCACGCGCGCUUGCCAGUCGUAGCCACCCACAUCAUUGACAACUUUGUCUUUGAGGAGGAAUACGCGACGCAGGAAUUCCCGCCGUCGCCCACAGCAAUGCCAAGGCUGGAUCCAAGGCAAAGGAGAGGUCGGUCGGACGACGAGGAUGGCUCGUGCGAGGAAGACGGCGACGACGCGUCUGAGCAGUCUGAGCAGUCUGAGCACGGUCCGCUGUUCGAGCCAUUUCCGCUCUCUCCGACGUUAGAACAAGCCGAGCUUUCUCCGCUAUUUGAGCGCAACGAAAUACACCUACACAGUGCGCACAGCAGCAACAAUGACGAGCAGAUGAUGCGGACGACUGACGCCAGACCUGCACAGGUUUAUCCAGUCGUCAAAAGACCGCGUGUCCAGUCUGUUGUCCGACACGACGGCGACGGCGACGUGCUGGAAAAGGAAGACAACGAUGACGUGCAGGAGGAUGAGGACGAGGAUGACGAAGAAUUACCCUCUGUGGAAACCUUCAUGAAGCGCACGAACGCCAAUUCCCCUCCAACAAACCCGGCAUCAACUCGUUCAAUGGCUACUGACCUCGAUACGGAAGCGGCUCGACCGAUGGACGUAUCGCCAGCACCAAAGCAUCUCACUGGCCCAGGGACCUAUGCAAACGUUUCACCCGAGACACCACAACGCGCGACAAUCCAAUCCGGAGCUGGAGCCGGAAUCAGCAGCGACCAACCAGCUCGAGCUCGUCUACCGCACGUAUCUCCGCCAAAGGAUCGCACAACUUUAGAGACCAGCGUCAUUGCGUCAGCAGCAACACAUACUAGAACGAACUACACUGGCUCGCUGGAUGCAACACGGGCGCCGGCGUCAUUGCCAGCUUCACAUCAGUCGUCUUCAGCGCAACCAUUCAGCCCCGCCAUGCAUAGUCCAAGUCCCAUUCCAAUCGUCGGAUCUGAAAGGACGCGGCCCAUGGUGGCGCACAGCCCCGUCGAUCUGACUGAUGACGCGGAUCCGAUUCCAGCAACUCCGAGCGAAAGCUCGCUCGAGCGUGCAUCGUCAUCGCUGAGGUCUCGGCAGACAGUUUUGAUUACAAUGCGCACCGAGACGAAAACCUACGAAAUGCAGUGGGAGAUACUCUCCCCGACCGAACAGGACGCAAGAAAUCUCUCCGUUCUCGAAUUUGCUCGGAACAACAACGACCUGUUCGCUCAGUACUAUUCUCUAUGCACUCUACUUGGCUCGCGAGUGUGCACAUGUGUGCCAGUCGCUAGAUCGGACGACUAUGCCGUCUCAGUCCCCAUUUCGACCCAAGAUUUGACGCGCAUGUUUGCUCGGUCGUACGCGCCACGUGAAUCACUGGCGUGGUACCGAGGAACAUCCUCCUUGUUGAUCACCAUUUUUAUUGCGGAUGCCGAGACAAACACAUAUCAAUGUGUUCAAUUUGGCAUCCCAGAACCUAGCGUCAUGGCAACAGUCCAAGUUGCCCAGUUCCGCUCGUCGCAAGGCAACCUGGCAAAUCAGUUGAUAAGCUUGUUAUUGCUGACCCGAGAGCCAAAGCAGCCAGGUCCAAGCGCUCCUGUUCUCGUUCGACACACCAAUUCUUUUGAACAUCCUUCGGAGCGGCUGAUCUUUCACCUCAAUUUGUGGGACCUGUUCUCACUCCAUCGAGCAAUGCUGUCACGCGCGAGUGAAGCUGCCAGCGGCACGCAAACCGAGCCCCAGAACUUUCGACUCCAGAGGUCUGUUCAGUCUCAUACAAGAAUCCCCAACGCUAGAAAUCAAGCGGAAACAGUUGCUUCUUCAACCAUGCCUCCGCAGGUCCGCAAUCCUCACGUGAUGCAACCAGCGCCAGCACCGUCUAGAGCGAGCCCAUCACUUCCGAAGUUUCCGAAGCGAGGGCGACCGCCCAAAUCUGCUUCAUCGCAACGGCGGGAGUUGCCAGAUCAGCGUGCAUCACCGCAACAUCCUCGCUCGACAAUCGCGACCAUGCAACAACGAACUGCUGCCGCAGCGCGUGCACUCGCUCAGUACUCAACGGCCCAUGAGCCGGGCCGAUCAGAGGCAACCAGAGCAGCACACUUCCCUGCUGCUCGACAGCGAACGGCCGCCGAACUCCAACUCGAAGAGCACUUGCAGACCAUCUCACGUUCCACCUCGUGGCAACCACCUCGCCAGCUAAACCUACCACUCGCACACCAUAACCAACUGUACAUGCAGAUGAUGCGAGCCCAACCGCCGCACAACCCACAGACAAGACCAGCGUUAUAUCCGGUUCCAUCGCACCCAUUGAUGUUGCAACACAUGGCUGCUCUGGCGCUACCACAGACGCCACCGUUGCAACAAGCAUCCGCGUCUCGUACUUCUGAAACGCCUUCUGUCCAACAAAAUGCGGUGAAGGAAUCUGCUGCUGGCUCGGCAGUCCGCUUUUGAAGGCGACCCGAGUGCAGUUUUUGCAAAUUUUGAUUGGUGCUGUUGUUGUUGUUGCUGCUGCUGCUGCAUGUUUGGGAUUCCAAACUUCCGUUUAAUGUACAAUUUGUGACUUAACAAUAACAACAACAAUCACACGAAA